GAGCCCUUUGAAGAUGGCUAUGCAAAUGGAGAGGAAGGCGCACCAGCUGGGGAAGCAGCUGCCACUUACACACCUGAUAGCAAGGGCGUGGUCAAGUUUGGUUGGAUAAAAGGUGUAUUGGUACGAUGUAUGUUAAAUAUUUGGGGUGUGAUGCUCUUCAUCAGAUUAUCAUGGAUUGUAGGGCAAGCUGGGAUAGGUUUGUCUGUCCUGGUUAUUGGAAUGGCCACUGUUGUCACAACUAUUACAGGACUGUCUACUUCAGCAAUAGCCACAAAUGGGUUUGUAAGAGGAGGAGGAGCAUAUUACUUAAUUUCCAGAAGUCUGGGGCCAGAGUUUGGUGGUGCCAUAGGUCUGAUUUUUGCAUUCGCCAAUGCUGUUGCAGUAGCAAUGUAUGUUGUUGGCUUUGCAGAGACAGUUGUGGAGCUGCUCAAGGAAAAUGGAAUGUUGAUGGUUGAUGAAAUGAAUGAUAUCAGAAUCAUAGGAGCUAUCACAGUGGUUAUAUUGCUGGGUAUUUCAGUUGCUGGAAUGGAAUGGGAAGCAAAAGCACAGAUAGUCUUACUGGUGAUCCUCAUACUUGCUAUUGGAGACUUUGUCAUAGGAACAUUUAUUCCUUUGGAUAGCAAGAAGCCCAAAGGUUUCUUUGGUUAUAAAGCUGAAAUAUUUAUGGAGAAUUUUGGACCAGAUUUCCGACACGAGGAAACUUUCUUUUCUGUUUUUGCUAUUUUCUUCCCUGCUGCAACUGGCAUACUUGCUGGUGCAAAUAUCUCAGGUGACCUUGCGGAUCCCCAGUCAGCCAUACCUAAAGGAACGCUGUUGGCCAUCUUAAUUACUACAUUGGUUUACAUAGGAAUUGCAGUAUCUGUAGGUUCCUGUGUUGUUCGAGAUGCCACAGGGAACGUUAAUAACACCCUUGUCACUGAACUGACAAAUUGCACUACUGCAGCUUGCAAAUUAAACUAUGAUUUCUCAUCCUGUCAGACCGGGUGUCAGUAUGGGCUGAUGAACAAUUUCCAGGUGAUGAGCAUGGUGUCAGGAUUUGCACCACUGAUUUCUGCAGGUAUUUUUUCAGCCACCCUGUCUUCUGCAUUAGCAUCUCUUGUGAGUGCACCUAAGAUCUUCCAGGCUUUAUGCAAGGACAACAUUUAUCCAGGAUUUCAGAUGUUUGCUAAAGGCUAUGGGAAGAACAAUGAACCACUGAGAGGAUAUCUUCUAACAUUUCUAAUUGCUCUUGGAUUCAUACUAAUUGCUGAACUGAAUGUCAUUGCUCCAAUUAUAUCUAACUUCUUCCUGGCCUCAUAUGCCUUGAUUAACUUCUCUGUAUUCCAUGCUUCUCUUGCAAAAUCUCCAGGUUGGCGCCCUGCUUUCAAAUACUACAAUAUGUGGAUUUCUCUUGUUGGAGCUAUUCUGUGCUGCAUAGUGAUGUUUGUCAUUAAUUGGUGGGCAGCACUUCUAACGUAUGUCAUAGUCCUUGGACUCUACAUUUAUGUCACUUACAAGAAACCAGGUAUGAAUAUGGGUUUCUUCUGGUUACACUGGGGCUAA